CGGACCUAAAAACCAUGGAUUGGCAACUGCCCGAUAUCGGUGAAACGAUAAGAAACAAUAAUUUACCCACAAUCCUUAGAGCGCGCUCGGCAAAUAUCGGAAAAUUCCGCCGAAUCUCCGAUCAGUGAAUAACGGCGUUCUUCGGUUAUUUCCGUCAGCUCUGCUAAUAAUUAUUAUUAACACCGAAAACAUGUCGCAUUUAAUAUGUUUGUAGAGUGUGGUUAUUGCAUUUUCUCUAAUUAUCGAAGUAUUAAUCAGGGCCUAAUAUGUUCCUGAUUAAAUUUAUAUUUAGUUUUAAUUCAAGUUUUCCUACAUGCAUAUAUUCUGCCGAUGUGGGACGUCUCGAAAACGACCACACGAUAAGAUCUCGGAAUGAAAUCGCACUGCACUUGUGAGUUUGAGCUAAUCGCAUUAACACAGAGGAGAGUUGCCAAUCCAUGGUUUAUAGGUCUGUGAAUGAAUGAAGAAAUUUCAUAGUCUAGAAUGAUAGGUGUUCCAAACUGGACUUUUCUGGGGCCAAAAAAAAACCAUUAUAGCUGCAGACACACCAAGGGGAUAAAGACAAACUGAAAAUUUUGUUGUCUAAUGCAAUGGUUCUUCCAGACUUAAUUUUCCCAGGUUGCAGUUUCACUGGGCUCCAGUAGGGAAUAACAUUGAAAGGAACUCCAAAUAGCAAUAGAUGCGAAAGAAAAAGUUCAAGACUUACCGGUACUUGACUUGGUACUGUAUUGAUAUCAUAUCAGCCUGAAAAAGAAGACAGCAAUAUUUACUUGGUUGAUAGUGAAGGUACUUGACUUGGUACUGUAUUGAUAUCAUAUCAGCCUGAAAAAGAAGACAGCAAUAUUUACUUGGUUGAUAGUGAAGGGAAUAAAAACUGCCUUAAAAAGUAAUCAUUAAUAAUAACAAUGGCACACAGAGGUGCUCAUUUCCAAAGAGACUACUCAAAGCGACAAGUAAAUCUUCGAGCACUGAUAGAUAUGGAUGGUGUAUUGUGUGAUUUUGAAGCUUAUUUCUUGGAGAAGUUUAAAGAAAAAUAUCCUGAUGAACCUUUUAUAGCAGUUGAGGACAGAGAUGGGUUUUAUAUCAGAGAUCAGUACGAGAAACUUAAGCCUGGCUUGAAUGAUAAAUGUUCAUCAAUCUGGAAUGCAAAAGCAUUUUUCCUGAACAUUCCGGUAAUUCCAGGAGCAGUUGAAGCGGCAAAAGAAAUGCAGGAGAUAGAAGGUGUUGAUGUUUUCAUUUGCACAAGCCCAGUGAAAGCCUACAAACACUGCUUAAAAGAAAAGUACCAGUGGGUGGAGAAGCACAUGGGAAAACAGUGGUUGGACAGAAUAUUGCUGGUCAAGGAUAAAACGAUGGUCAAUGGUCAUUUGCUCAUCGAUGACAGACCUGGUAUAUCAGGUCUGAACCCUUAUCCGAGCUGGGACCACAUUCUGUUCACACAAAGUCACAACAGUAGAAUGAAGAAUGGUCAACGCCGGCUAGAAAAUUGGACAGACGGGUCUUGGAAAGAUCUUAUAGACGAGUACAAGAAAAGAGUUGCAUAGUAGUGGUGGUGAAUUUGGGGGAAACUAAGUGUUCUCUUAUGCUUGUGUCUGAGUUUUACUCAGAGACUUCAAUUUUUUUAAAUGUUUUCAAAUUAUUUAUAAUAUGACUUAAUUUGACAAAAGAUUUGUGCCUGAUUAUAGAACAGAUUAUUUGAUAACGAUACAGCAAUUUUUACCAUCUUUUCUCCUGUGUGACAUUUGAACAUGAAAAAGUAAGAUUUUGGUUAACUGAGUCUUAAACUUCCAAACUUUCACAAAGUUAGUGAAUGUGGACCCUGGCCCUAAUUUCUUGAAAAAUCUUAAGUAAAACAAGCAUUAGGCAAUUUUGAAUUGAUUGCUAGAUUUACAUCCCCGCCUGUCCCAGUUUUUUCCACGGCCUCUUGAAUUUAAAUGACUCAAAUAAAAAUGUUGAACUAGAGUCUGUAUUUACAUAUCGGUCCGGUACUGUCAGGGAAUGGCCUUUAUUCAUACAAGCCGGUUUUGGUGUAAACAUUCACAUGUAAAAAAAGGAUAAUUGUUACGGUGAUGUAUAUGGUCCCUUAUGCAAUUAGAAAGAACAUGAACACAUAUUUAAUGGUGAAACAGUCAUCUAAAAAAAAAAAAAGUGUUACCCCCUGCCCCCAUUUAACAAAAAAAUGGAUGAAAAUCUAGCCAUUAGUUUAUAUUGGCCUUAAGUAUAUUUUUUAUCAUUUAUCCAAAGUUCCAAUUUUAUCUUGGUUUUACAAAAUAAAAGUAUAUGUUAUACAUGUAGGUAUUAUUUAUAAAAGUCUCAAAACUCUUCAAAAUGUGAAAUUAUAUCAAAACAAAGAUAGCGUGCUUAGCUUGAUCGUGUUAUUAGGGAUUUAAGGUUGUUUGAGGAAUUUGGGCCUGAGUAGAAACUAAUGCUGCUGAGCGGCAUUUACAAAUUGCUUACUUUAAUAUCAUAAAUGACAUCACCAGCAUGAAAUGACGUCAUAAUGAUAUUAUAUUUUUAAUAUCGCAUUCGUGGGUAUCCAAUACGAAAUGAUUUCUUUAUUGGAUGACUACUAGUGUGAUAUUCUUUAUGUCUGUGAUAUCCAAUGUGAUAAAGACUACAUUCCCAGAAAUAAGAAAUUCUACCGCUUUUGAACCCAUUUUGAACCCAAUCUACCGCUUUUGAGACAUAAAUCUACCUCUCUGUCAUUGCCAAGGUUUGCAUGUCUGAAAAUGCAUUUUUAAUGUUACUUUGAAAAUAGUUAAUAACUUUGUUGUCAUAUCUUCUUUAUAAAGAAGAAUCCUAAAUUGAAUAAUAUUAUUACAAUAAACAUAAUAAUGUUUUGCUUCUUAAAAAAUGUGUUACUACAAAUUAGUUGGCAAAUUCAUUGAGUACCAUAUGAUAUACUAUAUCAACGUUUUGCCUAACGGGUGUGUCACAAUCAGAUGUACAAACUAUGUUCCACAUGGAGCUAUUUUCCAGAUUCUUUUGAUUUGUGAGAUAGACAAAUUUUUGGAAGCCCCAAUAAUGAUAUUAUAUGAAAAUAAUAUUUUUUUUUUUUAAAUGCUUACAGGGUUUCAUUAAUUUUGCAUUUCAAACAUUGCACAUUAGAGAGAAAAAAUCAAAUUACUUACAAUUCUAUUACCCUAUUUUGGUAAUAUUUUAUCAUAUAUUUUAGUGUCAAAUGGUUCUUAUCAUAACAUCAGUAUGUAAAGCUGCGAGACGGAAAGCAGAAUUACAUUGCCGUCAUUUUUUGUUCUUUGAAAAAAUCAUAAUUGCUCACAAUUUGUCUCCAUUUGAAUAAAACUGUCAUCUUUCA